AUGCCCAACACCAGGCAAAUCAAGGCAUGCAGCCGAUGUCGUCUCUUGAAACUCCGCUGCGACAAGACCAAGCCGUCGUGCGAGAGGUGUAUCCGGUCCAAGGCCAGCUGUUCGCUUCGAUUUGACAACUCAGCACAAGCAGAAUCAACAUCGAAUCAUUCCACUACAGAGAGCAACGCUACCAACAACCCCUCGGCGCGCUCGAGUUCCGAUCAGUCACCAUCUCCAAGUGACAGAUCUGCGCCUUCAUCUGACACCGUCACCGUCGAGAGAGACCAGAGCUCAAAAACGGUUAGGAGGCGACAGCGCGCGCAUCUCUCCUGCACACGGUGCCAUCGCCUCAAAGUCAGAUGCGACAAACAGCUGCCUUGCUCACGAUGUCGUCGCUCCGGAUUCGGUCGGCAAUGCACAUACACUCAUCGAGUCGAGAAUGACUCGUCAGCUUCAGCGAGCGAUGCUGCAACGGACGCUGUCUUUGUGAAGGCAGAGGAGGAUCCCCAAUAUGCCGUUACCUCGUGGCGCACGAGACGCCGAGGCACGACCCAUUGGAAAGCACUCAUAUUACGCAUCCAGGCUUGUGCCGCCAACAUCGGCCAUGAAUUUUUUCAUGCCGAGGACAUCUCACUACUUCAUGUUGACUGCUCGAUGGACAUCCUCCUUCCCACCAACUUUCCCUUCAACAGCCCGGGUGCGAUGAAAUACUCAUCGUUAGACAAGGUCCGCAGCCUCAUCUGUAGCUACCGUGACAACUACAUGUCCUUUGUCGACGCCUAUUUCGCUAUAUACCAGCCUGUGCAUCCUAUCAUUGAUGCUGCUCGCUUCAUGGAGGAGAUCAACUGUUUCUGGAACGAUCCUUCAGAAAUCGAUGUCUCUUGGUUAUCCAGCUUCCUCAUGGUGCUGGCAUUAGGCUGCUACGCUGUGAAUCGAGAUGCGGCAUCAACAAUCGAGCUUUGCGUAGCAGCCGAAGCAUGCUUAGCCAAGACGCCCUUCAUGGUCCGGCCAAGCAUGUCAGUGAUGCGGACGUUUUGUCUCAUGGUCCUUGCUAAGCAACUGGCAAACGGAUCAUGCUGGUCAAUUGAUUCAAGUUGGACGCUGCUGGGCAUCGUCGUUCGACUCGCCGUUUGCAUUGGCCUCCAUAAGCCUCCACCUUCGGCCCCCGUUGAAGUUUACUUCUGUAUACAGACAGCGGCGAUUACAGGCAUGCCGUGUCUGCUUUCUUCAGAUGAUAUCCUCGAAAGAAAUGCCAUCGAGGACACCCUUCUGUCUCAUAUUGAGGAACUCGGCCCAUGGCUAUCUCUGAGUGAUUCAUUUCCUACGAUAUGCAAAAUCAUAGCUAGAGUGAACUCCAACACCGAAAAGCCUUCAUACGACGAGAUCCUUGGAUACAACGCCGACAUGAGAAGACUCAUGGCCAUCACUCUAGAACAUCCUGGCUGCAGAGGCCCAUUGCGUGCCACCCUCGACAUCUUUUUCCGCCGCAUUCUAAUGGUCCUUCAUCGCUGCCACGCGUUGCGUCCCAACGCACCUACAUUGCACCCCGUCUCGUAUUGGGCUUCUCUUGAGUGCAGCCUAGCAAUCCUAGUCCAUCACCGAGAUUUCUGCGAGCACAUGGGACAUCCCGAUAACCGCGAUCUUUUGGGCCGCAUGUAUAAGCUCGACUUCUUCGCAGCCGCCCUGACGGCUGGCGUUCAUCUGCUCCUAAUAGACGCACCGCUUGCGGAUGGCUUUUCUAUCCCACCUAGGCAGACAAUCUUUGAAACUUUGGAGACGUGCACAGAGAUAUGGGGCAGGGACAUUGAGAGAUCCAUUUGCUUUCGCGCCGGACACAGAACACUGACGCAAAUUCUCUCCAUGCUGUCUGAUGUGGACAAUACGAGGAAUCAUGAAUUACCUCAUUCAUAG